AUAGUAGUCGGCCAGAUCGUAGCCGGGCGUGACGACGACGGACUUGCAAUUCGUUUUAAUUGCAAACUUUCGUUUUUGUUUGUUAUUCAUUUGUCGGCUUGUUUGUGGCUGUGAUUGUUGUUGCCAAUUGUUAAGAAGCGUGUGGGAGUGUUAAAUUGUUUGUGUCACCUCGCAUUAUGUGCGCCAAGUUGCAUUUAAUAUUGUUGUUGUUGUUGCCGCUGUUCGUUGGCCUUUCGCAGGCUGGCGUCUUCGUCCGACAAAGGGAGCGCCAGCAGAAACAAGCGGGGCGAGCGGAUGGAGAGAAAACGCCUUGGGAGCUGCGAGAGGCGAUAUACGGCGCGUCGGGCCAGAUCGGAUUCAAUGGCACUUGGAUAUCAGAUAAUGAAUUCUAUUAUACGGCAACCGAUAAAUCCAUUCACAAGUACAAUGCGGCCAGCAAGACGGAUAGCAUUUUCGUUGGAGCCGGCUUUCUGAAUAAAUAUACGGGUGCCACAUUCACACUCUCCCCGGAUAAUACGAAAAUACUUGUGCGCUACAAUUUGACACUAGGGUUCCGUCAUUCGUAUAUAGCCCAGUACGAUAUUUACGACAUCGCCAAAGAUACGGCCAUUAAUGUGCAUAAUGGCGAGAAGUUGCAGUAUUGUGGUUGGGCUCCGAACCAGGGACGCUUGGCCUAUGUGUACGAGAACAAUGUUUACGUACACUUUGAGGAGAAUCAGGAGGUUGCCAUCACGAACGAUGGCGUUACGGGCGUUGUGUAUAAUGGUGUGCCCGAUUGGGUGUACGAGGAGGAGGUUCUGGGCAGUGGCAGCGCCUUGUGGUGGUCCCCUGAUGGCUCGAAGCUGGCAGUUGGCUUUUUCAAUGACACCAAUGUGGAGACCUUUAAGUAUUUCCUCUACGGCGAUACCGAUGAUGAUUUCCAACAAUAUCCCACAGAGUUAGAUCUCAAGUAUCCCAAAACGGGCACACCCAAUCCCGUCGUGAGUUUGAAAGUGUUCGACUUCGACAACGAACAGAACAUUACCUCGAUUCAACUGAGCGCACCUGUGAGCAUUGUGAGUCUGGAUCACAUACUCCAGAAUGUUGUCUGGUCGAAUAAUACGUAUAUGCUCAUCACCUGGUUGAAUAGACGCCAAAAUCUGGGAAGUUUGCAGAGCUGCAGCUACCAGGGUGUUUGCAGCGAAGUCAAGCGAUUGGAGGAGCCCGAUGGCUGGAUCGGCAUUAGCACGCCAAAGUGCCUGAGCAAUGGUCUGAACUGCAUCUUCGCCAAUUGGAUAGACAACUGGUUUCAGGUGUGGAACUUGGAUCUGCAAACUGGUCAAAACAUUUGGCAGUCACGCGGCAACUUUACAGUCAUCAAUGUCUACGGCUAUGAUGAGGCCAAUCAGAAACUGUUCUAUCAAGCGACGCAACCUGGUGAUCCAUCGGUCAGACACGUUUACAGCAACGAUGACUGUCUCAGCUGUAAACUCAUUGAUGCUGAUGGCGCGGCCUGUCGUAUGGCCUCGGCUAGUUUCAGCAAAGACUACUCCUACUACACCAUUCUCUGCAGUGGUCCCAAUCCCACGUAUUCCCGCAUUUAUAGUGCUUCUACUCAGGCGUUGGUGAGCGACUGGGAACCCAACACAGCCUAUCGCGUGAAGCUGGAGGCAAAACUGCGGCCCAGCUAUCGUUUCCUGAACGUCACUCUGGCCGAUGGUAGCAUCGGUUAUGCCAAACUUGCUCUGCCACCCAAUUUCGAUGAGUCCAAGAAAUAUCCACUACUUGUACUCGUGUAUGGUGGACCGAAUUCGGUGCGCGUGGACAAUAGCUUUUUGGUGGGCUUCGAAGCUUUUAUGACGACCACGCGUGAGGUCAUCUAUGCAUAUAUUGAUGGACGUGGAACUGGCCAGAAGGGCAAAAAGUUGCUCUUCACUGUGAACAAUGAUCUGGGCGAUCACGAGGUGGAGGAUCAAAUCUUUGUCACCGAAUGGAUGCAGAACAAUCUCACGUUUAUCGAUCCUAACCGCACCGCCAUUUGGGGCUGGAGUUAUGGCGGAUAUAUGACCGCUAAAACCAUAGAACAAGAUGAUAAGCACGUCUUCCAGUGUGGUGUUUCUGUGGCGCCCGUUACAUCAUGGUUGUUUUAUGAUACCAUCUAUACGGAGCGCUAUAUGGGUCUGCCCACCGUGGAUGAUAAUCUGAAGAACUAUAACAUUAGCAGCGUGUUUAAUCGCCUGCAAAACUUUAGGACACACGACUAUCUGCUCAUUCAUGGAUCUGGCGACGAUAAUGUCCACUAUCAGAACUCGUUGGUCUUUUCGAAGCUACUCCAGCAUGCGGACAUACAAUUCGAGGAACAGACCUAUACCGAUGAGAAUCACAGUAUUGGCAACGCAGCUCCUCAUCUGUACCUAACCAUUGAUGAUUUCUUGAAUAGGUGCCUAAAAAUAAAUGUCAACUCCUGAAGGACGUAAUUCUGUCAAUUAAAGACUUUUUCAUAGUUUUCGUUUAUCAAAAAGACUAAAUAUUAUGUUUUUCUUGUAAAUAAAUGCGUAUUUUCUUUUA